UUAAAAGUCCCUCUUAAUCCCACUACCUUUCCGUUGCGUUGAAACAAUCAAUAAGGUCGAUCAACCUGUCGGUUUCAUGUGGAACAACGUCUACUUUUUUAGAUAGAAAUAACGCCCUUCUCCAUGUCAUUAACAGAUCAGAGCUAUUGAUCAGAGCUAUUGAUCAGAGCUAUUGAACAGAGCUGGGUAAAUGAGUAAUCUGUUUGGAUCAGGGGAUUUAAAAAAUACAUAUUACAAUUAUUUUAGAUCUAUUUUACCUUAUGAUCACUGGAGACAAAUGUGAAACCAGUCAUAUGGCAGGAAACUGAAGCUCAUCAACGUAUCACCCUUUUCCGCAGUGAAGUUGAUGAAAUGCUGGCCUUGUAACUUUCAGGGAUGAAAUGUGGAGAGCCAAGCUAUAGGCUUCUGUAGACAUGCGCAAAUGACAGUACAGCGCCAAACAUACAUAGGUCAUUUAUGAUUUCUAGAAUGGUUGAAUUGUAUGCCUGACUUUUCACCGUAUUUGUUUUAAACAAUUUGUUUCCUUUUAAAUAUUAGACACUAUCAGGAGCCAGCGUCAGUUCUACCCACAGACAUUUAUAACUGUCUCGUUAAUGUUAGUUUCCUCACAUUUAGCAUCUUUACAUUCCGUCAUCAGGUUCCAUUAGUUUCCUCUGUCACGUUGGUGUGGUUGUUCCUGAGGAUCGCUAGCAAUAGUGGAUCAUAUUAUGCUAACCUAUUACAAGUUGUUCAAUAAUUUAGGAUAUGUAGCCUACUGCAUUUGAAUAAUCAUUUAACUCAGACCACACGUAGCAGUUUAAACCUGGAGCCUGGCGCACGGUUCACGACGACCGGACAGUUUCAUCACAGCUCCAUGAUUAGGUAGGAUUAUUAGGGUAGAUUUUAAAGGACUAUUGAUCAAACCCUAUUGUACACCUUUUUCCACUUUACAAUAAUAUUUCAUGGAUUGAACAAUUGAAUUUGGCAGCUUCAGGAUUAAUCAAACCAUUGUUUUUUUGGAAUUCACCAAUAUAUAUCGUGCAUAAAGACUCUCCAAAUCAGUUUUUUAAUUUAUUAUUAAUAAAUACUUUCCUAACUCUAAAUAAUAUUCAAGAUCAGAUUAUUUUUAAGUCUAACAAUUGGUUCUGAAAAGGAUCCCUAAUUUUCUGAGCCGUUCUAUCCAUGUAUUCUAGUGAGUCUGUCGAGAAGAAACACCGCAUUUAAAUGGAUGGCUUAACAUAAAUGUACUGAAAGUCCUAUUGAAUGAAAACUCCACGAGAAAAUAUGUUGGCCAGCAAGUGGGAGGGGUUUCAGCGUGUUGAAUUAAAUGUAUUCAGUGCCCGCAAGGGAACCACGCCUGCAAAGCCCGUUACGCACCUGCGUACGGUAAGUCUGAACAUCAACUACUGAGAGGUGCUUAGAAAUGGCGUGCAUAGGGAAGGUGCACAUUUCCUAAGUCUGAAUCGGGUCCCUGGAGCAGAGGCCAUGUCAUAAACAUAGCCAGGGUCACGUCAUAUUUACAUAUUUAGGACGUGCUUGACGUGGCGUUGUCAAUAGUGAAUAGGAUUCUCAAGUCACAUGCAUUCGCUUUGGUUCAGGUAACUGAUACACAUGCAGGAAGGAGUGAGGAGUGGUACUCACAUGGGGAGUUGGAGAUGGUGUCUAGCAUUUUGAGCAGUGUGCAGUGUUCAGUAGGCUAGUACAAACGUUGGAUGGACAUAACCCAAUCUGGGUCUCUGAAAUAAAUACCUAUUGAGGCGAUGGUCACAAAAGUAGUCAAAUAUUUGCGUGACACGCUGUCAAAAGAAAUGAAGGCUUUACUGCCUCUGAAAUACCCAUCGCUCUCUGAGACAACAACCCGAUGAUUGACUGCUAUGGACACUUUAUAAUCCGACUAAUAGCUAAACAGAUAUACAUGGGAUAUUUGACAUGAAUCUAAUGGUAACGGUUUGACCCCCUUUUUGGGUCAAUUCACAGAACAAUUCCUAUUUGUCUCCGACUGAUUUGAUUAAGAUAAAGGGGAGACAUGCAAUUCAGAUUAAAAUAAUAGUAUUUAAGUAACUGUGGAUUAAUAUGCAUUAAUUUGUGCAUGCAUGGAUUUACAAAAUGUUGAAGUUGGAGGAAUAAAGGAAUACGCAACGCUUUAGUGGGGAGGACCCGUGACAAACAUUUGAUAACGGUGCCUAAUAUAAAUAGACAACAUAGAAGCAGAAAAAUAGCGUCGGUGGAAAUGUUAACGAUAUCACAUCGCAGCUCAGUUCCUUUAAUUAUGUAUUUUAAUGUUUAGGUCUAAUGUAGGCUGUUAAUGACAUGCACAAAACACGACAGCGUAGCAAAGAGACGACCAGUGCACGUUGUUAGUUUUUAAAUAUAUAUGUGUAGCUUUUUCUUCCUAUUGCGCUCAUAGAUAAUCACCAACUUUUACGCAAAAUCAACUAUUAUGCAUAAGUUAACACACUUUUACGCAUAUGUUGACAUGCUUAAUACCCAAUGCUUACUGCCAAUCAUUUCCCCUUUAAAGUAAAUCAUAUGUUGCAUACAUUUUUAGUAUGUUUUCAGACAUACAUUCUUCAACACAUACGUUAUAGUAUUUUUUGUUGUUGUUGAGGCCGAGCAAACUUAACAGCCUUCCUCCUAAAAAUGGGAUGUAACAUCAUGGACCUUCACGCAUUGGUUAAAAAAAAAAUGUCUUACGAGUGGAGAGGAAAAACGUGAUUAACCAUUAACUUCCAUCUUCUAACAUAAUUAUUAAAAACAUUCUAAAUACGUUUUACGAUUUAAGGUAUAGACUAACAGUAGUGUGGUCACUGGGUUGUUGAGUCGAUAGCAGUGAAUAAUCAAUGAGAUUAACUUUUAUGUUUUCGACAGCCGUUUCCUUCACCAGUGGACGGCCCUCUCCCUCUCAGAGUAUCAUUGCCAAGUAUAACUCAUAUUUUAGCAAGUCUUAUUUUGGGCUUAAAUCUCGACCACUCUUGCCUUGUUCUGCGCUGUUCAUCAGGCGCCACCUCCCGUUCCCCUGAUCUGCUCCCGUUCAAGGUCUCAAUCCGACAUGGCUCGUGGGCGAAAUUAGCCCGUAUCAUAACAACAGGUCGGUUCCAUUACUUUUCCCCGGGACAAUGGACGGCGUCGCCCCUAUUCACUAAUACACAGAAACCGAUCCCGCGACGAAGAGGAGGACGCGCAGCUAGCAAGGAGGGUUGUUGCGGUGCGGAGGACGUAUAAAAUAUGUUUCUUUAUCUUACCGUAUCUUUUUUGGCCUUUGAGUGAUGCGUAAAUACUCCCCGACGCGGAUAAUUGCUUUAGAGAAAGGGACUAGUCUAUGUUUGAAAAUAGUUUCGGUUCUUUGAUGCCCACAUUUUCUAACGGAAACCUAAAGGCUACAUUUUAUAAAUUUCAAUGACAUUGUAUUUUCGUAAAUUGUGAAGUUGUAUUUGUCUAUUGAUUAUUAGAGGGGCUACUUUGCCUUUGGGCCUAAUUUGCCUGUCUAUUUUUUGUGUUGUUUUCUUAUAACAAAACUUGGGUACAUUGCGCUUCCAUAACUCUUACUCAGUCAGUAGAAGACAUGACAGCUAUACCUUGGGUGUAGGCCUAACGGUUUAACUUUUGAAGUUUAAAGUACAAUAACCUUUGCAAUACAAAAUACAUCUUUCUCUUCCAAGUGUUGCCUGAGGCUCGGCGCAGGCGCUCUGGCUGCUUGCUGUCACUAAAACAAUUUUCUUCACAUUGGAAACUGUCACAAGUGACGUCAAUCACGGGGCUCUGACCAAUUAGAAGGCGGGGUGAUUGUUUAGCUCCACGGGCUGCAGCGCCUACCAUGAAUCUCUAUUCUUCACUAUCAAAGCGUCCUGCUGCUGCCGGCCAACCGAAUGCGAUUCCAUGCAGCCACUUUAGAACUUAGAACCGGUUUUUUUCCCUUCUAUAUUUUAGUUUUUUUUCUUCUAUAUAUAUAUAUUUUUUUUUAUGUAUUUUUCAUUGCGAUUAAAAUAUAUUUAUCAUCAUCAUUAUUAUUUUGCCUGCUGUCAAGUUAUUCUAGAAUUAGAAGUAAUGAGCAUGGAUGUUUUGGGAAACCAUGUGAUGUACCCUACGAUUUCCAAACGGAACACGGCGCUGAGAUUAGUUGACUUGGCAGGGGCGUACCACCAUCACCAUCAUCACCACCAUACCCCUCAGAGCGUGACAGGCUUCCCGGGGUUCAGCAGCCAUCCACACUCAAUGGCUCACUCGCACCCUGGGGAGAUUACUGCGGAACCCCGCCUGGGGCCGAGUCCAUUCGGUCCAGAACACAUGGGGCACUCCGCGGCCCUCAAAAUCAGCCCAGCCCAUCAUUACCCACACCACCAUCACCACCACAAUCAUCAUAUGGCAGGCCACAGUGAAGUGGUCUCCAGUCAAACGGGAGCUUUUGGCCCGGUGCACGCGGCGACUGUCCCUUAUUCCAUGUCCCACAUGGCCCAGACGUUAUCCGCAGCCGCAGGUAGGGAUUUCCUCAUUCGGAGAGAUCUGACAGCUCAAGCCAUGCCGGUACUGACCGACCAGAGCCCCGGUUCAACCUCUCAUCACGGAAUGUUUGUCUCAACAACAGGUAGCUAUCCGGGACACUACGGCCAUCACCCUGAUGCUGGUAGCCAUGCCCUCUUCUCCGGACUCCACCAUGAGCAGUCAUCUAGCGGAGCACCAGGUGGCCAAGCCAUGAAUGGACAAAUAAGGUUAGGAAUACCUAGCGAAAUGUACGUUAGGUCUGAUCACUUGAGUCAAGUGGCGAGCUCCAGGGCUGAUCCGUUCUCCGCCUCGACAUUACAUGGCUACGGCGGUCUGAACCAUCUGAACAUGAACCUCGGAGCCCAGCAUCACGGAUCCGGUGCAUUCUUCCGCUACAUGAGGCAACCGAUAAAGCAAGAACUCAUCUGCAAGUGGCACGAAGCGGAACACUCGACGAAAAAACUCUGCUCCGAAACUUACGGCACGAUGCACGAGCUGGUAACGCAUGUGACGGUUGAUCACGUCGGUGGCCCGGAGAUGGCUAACCAUAUCUGCUUCUGGGAAGAAUGUCCCAGAGAAGGAAAACCUUUUAAAGCAAAGUACAAACUUGUAAAUCAUAUCAGAGUACACACCGGAGAGAAACCAUUUCCAUGUCCCUACCCCGGCUGUGGAAAAGUGUUUGCCCGAUCUGAGAACCUGAAGAUCCACAAGAGGACUCACACAGGUGAGAAGCCCUUCAAAUGUGAGUUUGACGGCUGCGACCGACGUUUCGCCAACAGCAGUGACCGGAAGAAGCACUCCCACGUGCACACCAGCGAUAAGCCGUACAACUGCAAAGUGAGAGGCUGUGACAAAUCCUACACACACCCCAGCUCUCUCAGAAAACACAUGAAAGUGCACUGCAAGUCUCCACCACCAAGUUCUGGCUACGAGUCUUCAACUCCGUCAUUAGUGUCCCCAUCAUCGGACUUAGGCCGAGAGCCAGGGGCCUCGUCGCUCUCAGAACCAGCACCCUCGUCUCAACCCGCCAAUUUAAGUGAGUGGUACGUCUGUCAUAGUUCUGGUGCGAGCGGUACUCAGACACCUCCCAGCGGCUCCCCCAGCCCUGAUCCCGGGGAUGAGACGCCCUACAGACACCCAGUGCCAAGGGACGCGUUUUAAACAAAACUGGCCCAGAAAAUUAUUAUAAGAUAUUAAAGAUAUUUUCUAACAUACCCGCGAACUUACAAAAUUAACACAUAGAAAAGGUCUGUUUUCUAAGGCCCAAAUCAUUCAAUGUACUGUCUGGCAUAUCGGACAAAUAAGACUGCCAAAUGUAUCUCGUGAUAGCUCUCUUCUAUCCCAAUGUGUUUGGAAAAAAAUGUAUUAUUAUCGUACCCGGUUAUUGUACGCAUGUAUCUUGCUGUAUUAUUUUGUAAAUCGAGUUUUGACUUCAAUAUCUUUUUAAUUUAUUUUUUGAAUCUGACAUGAGCAUUUUUGUAUUAUCGAACCAAAGUGUUUCAAUAUAAAAAAAAAAAUUAAAUGUACAUUUGUAAAUUGAUACGUUUCGAUGUGUAGGUGGUAAUAGUCAUUUUGUAAGCUUUGGUAUUUCAGCAAUUUUUUAUUGUUUGCUACACAUAUUUGUAUAAAUUAAAUAAUUGAAACGUUUGGAGUUUCAUGCUAGACAUAUUGUCUCCAUUUCUGAUGUUCUAUUCUAUUGAUUGGUCGUUUUCAUAUCGUCUAUUUGAUAUUAUGACAUUCAAUUCAUAAAUGUUUGGUCAACGUGGGCAUUUUGUGAUUUUGUAAUUCUCGUCAAUAUUUGUUAGUAAUGCAUUUUUUAUGAAAACGUGAUCCUAUCGAGAAAAUACACUCGAAAUAUGUACCAAACUGCCUUGUAAUUUGUCAGUAUUUUGAAUAAAUCGUGUAUGAUUAAAUUAAA